AUGCCAGAUAAAAACUCACUUUCUCUAUCGCCGCCUCCUCCCGAUAAUCCUGAGCAGCCCGAACAUUCUCCGCAGAAUGGCAUACCGACGCGUUCAUCAACACGCAUCAGGGCUACUCGGAGCAGCACAAGGGUGGCCCUCGGGGCUGAUACCCAAGCUGGUGAGAAGCAGUCCCCCACUGCCGGCAAAUCGACAGCCAAGAAGGCUGCUCCUAGACGUCGGCAGCCAAAGGAGUCAAAGUGGGAUGCUGAGCGGAUGCUCACAGAUCCCAGCUCGCCGCUGACCAAAGCUGAUUUGAGGGGCCUGUUGUCGAAACCCAUGGCCUGGGAUGUUCUCAACCAAGAUGAAAAGAACGAAAUCAUCUCCCUCUUUCCGGAUCAGACGUUCGUUAUUGGUGUUGGAACAGAUGAUGCGCGUCCAAACUUUUCUGCUCUUCUGAAUGACGACACCUUUCGUUACGACUGUGCGAGCUUCGUUGAGAAUCUGGCCCAGGGUCGCUUCGAUCCCGGGUGGCUGGAGAGUGCCUUUUCGGCAUACCAGCAGCGCAAAACUGGCGACUUUGACGACACCUUGAUUGCCAAGUUUGAGAUGGAAUGGGAUGUCGAAUUACCACACGAGUUCAAGCCUGACAGGGGGUACGGGACUCCCCGAGAAAGAGGCGGAAAGGUUGAAGAUGAGAUAAUAGUGCGGGAAGAGGCCCCGCACACGGACGCUGCCAACGGCGACAGUAGCGACAAGACGAAUGGAGACAGCGAGGCCAUGCACAACAACCAGCAAGAAAGUGAUAAGUCUGCAAGCUACCCAGAAGCCAGUGGAAGCCCGCAAAAGAGGGCAAAGGCGAGCGAUCCCGAAAACCUCAACACCAGGACACCGGGCCACAACGAUAGUAUGGGGGUGGACGAGUUGCAAGGAUCUGACGUCGAGCCGGUAAUAGCCAUGGCUAAAACGACGCCCAGUAAGAGAUACGGGACCAAGAUGGAAGUUGACGCCGAAGCUAGUGACGACGAAUUGGCCUAG